UUAAACAAUUGAGUUAGUAGCAGCAGCAGCAGCAUCAGCGCCAACACCAGUCGUAGUCCUUCUUCGUUACAAAGUGUGAUUAUUAAAAACGUAAUUAAAGCCAGCAGCCACCAUGAAAGCCAUAUAUGUGCUUACUUGGGUUGCCCUCAGCUCAAUCGCCUCCAUCAUCCAUGCUGGCCUUAUCGGUCAUGGCGGCCCAAUUGGUUUGCCCAUCGAAUUGGAGGAGCACAGUCCACCCCAAUAUGAGUUUCAUUAUUCUGUGCACGAUAGCCAUACAGGUGAUGUGAAGGAUCAAUUUGAGCAUCGUCACGGCGACUAUGUGACGGGGCGUUAUUCGUUGAUCGAGCCCGAUGGCCAGCGUCGUAUUGUGGAAUACAAUUCUGAUCCAUUGUUGGGUUUCACCGCUCAAGUGCACCGAGAAGUGCCGGUUAUUCGUCAAUUGCCAAUACCAAUACAUCACCGUUAAAAUGUACACAGGCUGCGGGGAAAGUUGAAGAGCAACCCAGAAACACAAAUUUACGCAAAUGUUAAUUAUGUUCAGUUUGGUUCGGUUCAAAAAGAUGCUAAAGCAUAUUGUAUACAUGCUCUACUUCCUACAUACUAAAUACAUAUGCAUACAUACCUACAUACGCAUAAAUCGUAUAGGAAAUUUAUACACAGUUUUCCACAUGACAUGAUCUAGGAGGAGAAAAAAUUUAUAGGAAUUCGAGUGCUUAUUUGUGGCUAUGAAAAAUUGAGUUCGGCCUUAAAUACUUUACUACUACUAUCUAGUACUUUUUAUUUAUAUAAUUUAUACUACAUACUAUCUAAUUUUGAAACUAUUACCAAUUUCGUAGACAACCUGACGUGCGCAAGUGCAAUGUAAUUAAAAAAAUAAAAAUAAA